GUUUUAGGGUAUGUCAAAUGAUUUAUGGAUCGGUCUCUUAGCUGCUCUAGGGACGUCCUUUCUUUUUGGUACCGUUUUCGUUCCUGUCAGAAAAGUUGAUGCUGGAGAUGGUUUUUCUGCUCAAAUGUUUAUGUGUAUUGGUGCCUUUCUAGCCAGCACUUUCAUUCAUGGUUUGCUUGGUUUUCCUCCGUUACAAGGUUUCGCAAUGAUUGGUGGUGCACUGUGGGGCAUAGGUAAUGCAUUUACACUCCAAAUCAUGAAUCGUUUGGGCAUGGCGCUCACUGCUCUUGUAUGCAGUACGGUUUCAUGCUUAACAGGAUGGGCGACAUCAAGAUAUGGACUUCUUGGCUUGCCUGCUGCCGUUCCUGCAAGUAUAGCAAUGAAUUACUUAGGGAUAAUCCUGCUCGUAAUAGGAGGAGUGAUGUAUUUGUUCAUAAAAAAUAACGAGCAGGGGAACAUUCGGGUGGCAGAAAACAGUGCGACUAAUGAUGGCAAUGGAAAGCUGGAGAUCAGCAUUUCGAGAGUGGAAAGAGCUUUAAGUUUUCUUGCCGCCGUGCUGUGCGGCUCGUUUCUUGGAUCAAUGUGGACACCUAUCAGCUACAUAAGGAGUCAUCCGGAAGAAUUUCCUAAAGCUCCUGCAGACAGCAUUUCGUAUCAGUUUUCUUUCUAUUGCGGUGGAAUCUGCGUCGGUGUAUGCGUUUUCAUCAUUUACAGUCUGAUAAUGAGGAACAAACCGUGGUUCAAUCCGAGCGGCGCUGUUCCUACGAUGAUCGGUGGAAUCAUAUUUGCUAUCGGAAUGAGCUUGUUUGUGAUUGCUAUCGAUAAUCUAGAUCAAGCAAUUGCUUAUCCAAUUUGCGCAAUGGCGCCAAACUUGGUUGUGUUGAGCUGGAGCAUACUUUACUUUAAAGAAAUCACGGGUCGACGGAACUUGAUAUUUUUGGCGAGCGCAUACGGGCUUACUCUGACAGGAGUAAUACUAAUUGCCAUCUCAAAAGAAUUUUCUUUUGCUUGA